UGGAACUAAACAAUGGAACCAGAUAUUAUUCGAAUGUACUCCUCAUCCCCUCCACCACUAGACAAUGGAGCUGACGAUGAUGAUGAAGAUGAAUUUGGAGAGUUUGGAGGAUUUUCUGGCGUUAGCACAUCUGGUGUAGGUUUUUCUGAUUUUGAUACACCAGACUAUGGUCAUCCAAAGGAAGAGUUUAUACCCACAAACCAUUUCAUCCCACUUCAUGAUUAUUCUGACAAUGUAGCUAGCAUUGCAGCUUUCACAUCUGUUAAAAAUGUUAAAGAUAAAGACUGUAUUGCAGAGCUUCCUACUCUUACUAAGGAACAUCCUGACAUGUCAGCUACUAGUACCAGCAAAGAAAAAUCCAAGUGUAGAAAUUCAGGUACUGCUCUAGAAGAUGUAAACAAAAGAGAGGCACAAAGAGACAGCAGUGGGAAAUUAGGAGGGUUUUCAUCUCAUGUGGUUAGAACUGGUAGAGCAGUUGAGAGCCAGAAUGAGCAAGCAGAUGCAUGUAAUGGUGAGAAACUUCCAUGUCUAGAGAUUCUAACAAAUGGAUUUGCAGCAUCAGACCCUGUAAAUCCUCAGGGAAUAGAAGAUCUAGACAGUGACCCAAAGGGACUGAAAACUGUUAGUGCCCUUAGUACUGAGCAAAAUUUGAACUCAAUGCCUAGCUCAGGUGAAGACUUUGCCGACUUUGCUACAUUCUCAAACAAAAAAACAAUCCAUUUAGAGGGAACAGGACCUACCAUAUACAGUGUUGUUAAUGAAAGAGACUGUCUGAGCAUUCAGGAGAACAACAGAAUAAGCAGAGUAACUCAUACUGAAGAAGAGGUUUGCAUUUCAGAAAAUACUUGUGAACAGGGUCACUCAGCACUGGAAGAUAAUGAAUUUGCAAUUUCUCAAACAACUGGAAGUUCAAUAUGCACUACUGCAAAUGGAGAACACAGUGAGAGAAGGCAACAUGGCAUAGAGAAUGGCAAAGAUUUUACUAGGCCUGAUGACUCUUUGGAAACAGAGGACAACAAGGUUGAUAAGAUCCAAAGCCUGGGCUGUGAUCUUGCAGGAGAAAAAUUGGAUGACUCUGAAGAUCUUAAGAAUGGUGGAAGCAGUGCUGAAGUUGUGGCUUGCAGUAACAUGCAUGAUGAUGAUGAUUUUGGUGAUUUUGGUUCAGUCAGCAGUGCAUCUCCCACCUUUGUUAAUGUUCAAGAAUCAGGAAAUGCUCUGGAUUUAGAAGGAACUCCCAAGCAGCCUGCAUACAUUAGUGAACCUAAUGACGAGUUUGGUGAAUUCAGGGACACAAGUACUGUUUCUCAGCAGCCAGCAAGGCUGGAUCAAGCUGAACUAAAUGAGACUGCUGAAAUUUUAAAAUGUCAUACCACCAGUAAAACUUCUGGCUUAGACUUCCAGCAAACUACUGAGGUAGAAGGUGGUGAUAAUAGUGAAUUUGGAGACUUUGAUACAGUGCCAAAACCUCAAGACGAGAGUGCUGAUUUUCAGGACUCUGAUGACUUUGCAGACUUCAGUUCAGCAGGUUGUAACCAGGCUACAGACUGGAAUGCUUUUGAAGAUGAACAAGAAGACAGCUGUUCUUGGGCUGCCUUUGGAGAUGAGCAAGCUGGUGAAUCUCAUCACAGAAAAGAGACGUGGCAGUCACAUAGGACAGAUGCAUCAGCCGGGAUCGAUGGUUCAGUAUUACACACAACUGAUAAUUUUGCUUUAGCAUCUUCCCAAGGAACUACCAGUAAGCAACCUCAAGAGCCAGCACCUUCAGUUCAGACAACAUUGCUAAGUCGUCUGGAACGAAUAUUUGAAGUCUGUUUUCCUUCCAUUCCUGUUUUUGAAAUUGAAGAAGAAAUAAGUUCCCUGAUUGACUUGUUGGAAGCAGGUGAAAAGCAGAUGACAACUGAGGAGACCUUAGCAAAUACUGGGGAACUGAUGGACGUGUGGACAGAACUGCAGGAUAUCCAUGAUGCAUAUGGGCUGAGAUACCAGUGGGGUGGCUCCCACAGCAACAAGAAGCUUUUGUGCUCCUUGGGAAUCGACACAAGAAAUAUUCUCUUUACAGGCAACAAGAAACAGCCUGUUAUAGUACCCAUGUAUGCAGCAGGACUGGGUAUGUUAGAGCCUACCAAGGAACCUUUGAAACCAGUAUCUGCAGCAGAAAAAAUAGCUUCAAUAGGACAGACACCUCCUGUAUCACCAGAGAUGAACACAUGUACAUCUGAUCAGUUCCAGGAAUCUCUACCACCUGUCCAGUUUGACUGGAGUAGCAGUGGCCUUACUAACCCUUUAGAUGCUAGUGGAGGUUCCACUCUUCUGAACCUUGAUUUCUUUGGGCCCGUGGAUGACAGUAGCUCUAGCAGCACCACCACAAUCCCAGGUGUGGAUCCUGAGUUGUAUGAAUUGACAACCUCAAAACUGGAAACUUCCAAUGCCAGCAGCAAAGUGACUGAUGCAUUUGCAAGGCUGAUGUCCACAGUGGAGAAGGCAAGCACGUCAACAAGGAAGCCUAAAAAGGAAGAACAUCUUAGUGAAGAAGCUGCCAAGGUGAUUUCUAGCCUUCCUGACUUAACUUUCAUGCAUGCCAAGGUGUUGAUGUUCCCAGCCACAUUAACACCUUCAACAAGCUGCCAAGAAAAGGUAGACUAAAGUGAUGUGAAUUGGACAAUUUUUUAUUG